GAGGGGGUUCUGGUUUCGUCUGAAUGAACUUCGACUCAGUUCCUCUUACAAAGGAAAGUAUAACCCUAUUUUGUAUUUAAGCAUUUUGCAUGGAUUAUACUGAGGUUCUUGUGCGUUUUGGUCACAGCAGGUGAGUAAACUUUGGAGUGGUUGGGAAAUCUGAAGCUCUUGGAGCACAAACAUAAAAACAUGUUUUUAAAGAUGUUCAGUUUUAUAAAAGUGCAGCAUCAUCAUGUUKUCUUUUAACACAGGAAAUGAGAGCAGCCGAAUGGAUAACAGCUAAUUCAAGUUUCUAAACGGAGACGUCCUCRGGGUGUUGUCUAAACAGAAAGUAGGCUUGGACUCUGCAGAGGAGCAUGAACAGGGGCGGAUCGGACUUUCCUGGAUCCGAACCAGCUGCCCACGGCGGGUCAUCCAGACAGAGCUCCGUUGUGGAGCGGCUGUCCCGGUAUGGCCUGCCGCUCGCAGCCGGAGCCUCCCAGCGCAGGUCGCGGCUGCAGAGGCAGCAGGAAGCCGGCGACAGCUCCGCUCCGGAGAGGGCAUCKGUCACGCGCAAAAAAUACCUGAAGGAGCUGCUGCUGAGUCAGUCCUCUCGCAGCGGGUUCAGUUUUUACUCMGAGUCCUCCCCGCAGACCCAGAGUUCAACAUCCGAGUCUGAGCAGGACGCGGACUGGGCUCUGUACCCCAUGGAGCACGCCUGGAUGCUGUCGGCCGUGGAGGGCAACUACGAAACCAUCCUGGAGUUCAUCUCCGAGGAGCCCUACCUGCUGACCAGGAAGGACUUCAUCAGCGGGUACUCGGUCCUGCACUGGCUGUCCAAGCGGGGACAGGACGAGACUCUGCUGAAGCUCCUGCGGUUCGCGGAGAGCGCGGGUCUCCCGGUGAACGUGAACCUGCGGGGCAGCGGGGGGCUYACGCCGCUGCACGUCGCCAGCAUGCACGGUCAGUUCCCGGUGGUCAAGCUGCUGGUCGGAGCCUUCGGCGCYGACGUGGACGUUAUGGAUUACAGCGGGAGGAGGGCCUGGCAGUACCUGAAGGAGGACGCGCCGGUGGCCAUGAAGGAGCUGCUGGGGACGUGGGACGACGAGCACAGCCGCGGAUGUGCGCAGAACGAGAACGCGAACAAUAACUGYACUGGCGCGGUCAGCCCGAGCGCUGCCGAGGAGCCGAGCCGAGAGCCCGAAGAACCGAAUCACCUGGACCGGAUCAGGAGGGGCGGCUGGAGAUUUGGGUCUUUCAAAAAGCUGAUAACCUCUUUUUCAUCUCAUGGAUCCAAAACCUGAGUUUACAAACUUUUGUUUAACUUGUGUCAAUGUGAAAUAUCAAACAUUUAAUCUCAAAGGGAUAUAAUAAUCUUUAUCACUGAACUUUACAGCAGGAUUUUGCGGAUAAACUUGAAAAUUCCAAACCCUUGUUUUAUGAAACUUUUUUGUCAAGAUAUUCAACACAAAUUUCUCUAAUCUAAGCACUAACCAUUUGUUUUACUUGCUUWAAGUGCUGUACAGUCCAACACUGAAAUAAAACCUGUUUGAAAAACAAACCUUUUUUCCAACAUCAGUGCUUUCUGCAGAGCUAUGUCAUCAAUUCAUACUUGUUUGCAUCACAGAACACUAACAUGAGUUUGUCAGGAAAGACACGAUUACCAUCUGUUCUGUUUGAUCACUGAUCUUUUAUUGUCAAACACGAGCAUAAACCAGAGGAACUGUACAAAACGACUGCUGCUCCAGAUGACUUGGAUCCCUGGCUGUGGUCA